CUAUCUUGCUUCAAGUUAUCUAGCCUUCUGGCAAGGCUUUACCAUUUUUCCCAACUUAUUCCCAAAUACCCAUAACCCAUUCACUAAAAAAGAAAGAAAGAAAGAAAAUAAAAGAAAAGAAAAUGACCUCCCUAACCUCCUCCCAAACCACCAUCACCACCACCAUCACCUCCCAACCCCUAACCCCACCCAUCACCUCCAUCGAAGCCGAAUCCAAAUUCCUCACUCGCACCCAUCACCUCCGCCACACCCGUCUCGCCCUCGCCAUCCUCACCUUCCUCGUCUCCAUCCCCACCAUCGCCUGCGAAGCCGUCGUCCUCCACCACUACCGCCAAACCGCCCCCUACACGCGCAUCUGGCUAUACCUCUGGCCCUUGAACCUGGAUCUGCGUCCCACCAUUGCUCUCCUGGCUUGUGGAUGUGUGAUUGCAUUCCAAAACCUCCUAUACAUCAUCACUGCUCUUCUUCCCUCUCCACACUCCCACAUCCGCCGUCUCAACCUCCUCGCCGCUGCAACCGCCCUUUCGGGGUUCAUCACCGCAGUAGUGGGUCUUCUGUUCGUGAUAUAUCAUCCUGGAGCGAGACAUCCGAGCGGGUUUACGGAGAGUGAGACGUUGCAUUCGUGGACGUGUAAGUGGGAGGAGAUACGGGGGAAUGGAACCACUGCCAGUGGUAGUGGGAGUGGGAAUGGGAAUGCUACCGCGCCGGUGCAUUUCAAGCGUGAUUGUGAGGUUACUACGGCGGCAUUGGGGGUGGUUGGAUGUAGUGAUAGGUAAGGGUGGUGAUGGGUAGUAUAAGUAAUGUAGGUAGUUGACUUGACCUGA